AUGUCAAAACGAAAACAAUCAAACACUUAUUUGCCAACGCGUGCUCCAACAUUGAUUGACGAUUUAUGGACAAGUCAUAAUUUUUUAGAACCAAAUGAAUAUUCAUCAGCUACAAUUGGUAUAUACAGUUGUUUAGUACGCUCUUAUGAAAAUGAACAUUUUGGAAAAUUUUUUUGUCAGAGAGUUAACAAGGAUGCUCAAACAAAGGAUUUUAUAGCUCAGCUUGAUGAUGAUGAAAAAACUCUAACUAACAAAACUCAAGUAGAUAUUGAACGAUGUAUAAUGAUUGCUCGACUACGUGAAUAUUUAGAAAAGAAUAAUGAUGUAUUUCAAAAUAUUUUAAAUCAAAUUAAAAAACAUCUUCAUGAAGGUAUGUGUGAAAAUUCAUCAAUGCCUGUUCCACAAUCAGAAAAUGACUUUAUAUGUCAAUCUAAUCAAAUAAAUAAAAGUGCUCAUGUACUCGAUAAAAUCUAUCGUAUGAGACGUUUUCAAUACUAUAAUGAUGAUAAUAUUCGACAAUCAAUAAAUAUUAUUAAUCUACAAAAUUGGAUAAGAUCUCAUUUCCAAACAUUGACUAAUAUUAAUCCACAAAUAUCUAUUAGUUCACAAAUAAACAAGUAUUUAGAAACUUUACUUAAUAAUUCAUUUUUUAUUAUUCAACAUCCAACACCAUCAAUUGUAACUCAUAGUCCAUUAAAAAGACAACUUGUUACUGCAAAAAUUUAUUGUCGACUUGUAUCUUUACUUGACAAAGAAAAUUCUGCAAUAACCAUUGAUGAUAUAACACCUUAUGUUUGUCGUAUAACAACAUCAAAUCCUAUUGAAGAACCUCCAACAAUUUUUGAACAAUUACCAAUGACUUGGAAGCCUUAUGCAAUUGUUACAGCUUCACAAAAUCGAAAAAAUUUUUAUUUUGCCGAUUUAUCAGAAAUUAUUCUUCGACAAACACCGAUCGUAUCAGAAAAUCAAAAUUCAAUAAAAGGAGGACAAACACAUUAUUCACCACAUGUCUAUUAUAUUCAAUUUCAAAUUAAUGUUACGGUACAAUUCACUAAUGGAUUAACACCUUAUCAACAUUGUGUUAUUGUAAAAUCAGCUCCAUUCGGACUUGUAACAAAUACAUCACAAACAGCAGAUCUUUUUGCUAAAGUAUUUAUACAAGAUUUUAAAAGUUGGAAAUCACUAUCAACACAAAUACAACCAAUAGUAGCAUCAUUAGAUAAUAGUACUCCUUUACCUUCAACAACAGAAUUAAAAAUGGAUGAUAUAGUAAAUAGUAUUCAAAGAUAUUUUAUACAUAAGACUGGUAUUUAUCCAAAAGAUUGGGUUAUGCCAUAUAUUGAUAAAAUAUUAAGAGCUACUUGUCAAAAUCAAAAUACUUUCGUAGAAACUAGUGCUCAUGAUCUUCUAGUUAAAAUUCUUGCUCAAAUUGAUUAUAUGGCUGAACAUCCAGUUUUAAGUCUAUUUCAUGAUGAUGGUUUAUUCUUAGGUAUAUGUGAUAGUGAUGAAGUAAAUCAAAUUUUACUUCAAGAACGUGAACAUUAUAAAACUUCAGUUUGUGCAAUUCGAUUUGGUGCAUUGAGUCGCUUAAUGAAUAUCAAAGAUAUUGGUAUACGUGUUGAUCUGUUGGAAGAUUCAUCUACUAAUGUGCAACAUUAUACAUUUGAUUCAACUAAAUUACCAUUUGCAUUGGGUGUAUUUAUAAUUAAAAUACUAUUAAAUGAAGCUACACAAUAUAGCACUAUCUUAACUAUUCUUAAUAGAAAUACUCAAAAUGUCGUAGCAAUUACUAGUAAACUUCUCGAACUUUAUGAUAGUGAAAAAUUACGAGAAUUUUGUCCACAUAAAGAACGAUAUCCUUCAAUAUGGCAUUGUACUCACAGUCAAGAAAACAAUAAACAAAACGAUCCAGAUUCACCAGUAGCACCUGGUUAUUCACCAAAUCCCACGACCAUCACUACUACAAGUGCCAAUGGAGAUAAUCAAACAUCUACUUAUCAAUCUCCUAUAGUUAUUGUUGUAACGAAUCCUAUAAUGUCAGACCAAGAUAUUUUACAAUUGAUUUCGAAUAGAUUACCACAAUAUGGUCAAUUACUUCAAUCAUCUUUGAUUCAUCGUAUCAAUGCAGAUCAAACAUUUAAUGCACCAACACCAAUAUCGCAAACAAUAUCAUCCAAUUUACAGUCAUUGUCACCACUUCUUGAAGAUUUAAUAACACCACCAUUAGAAUCAUCAUCAUUACCAAAUAUCAUUAAUGGUCUUUUUGAAUGUUAUAAUUUUCUAUUACCAAAUGAAUAUUCAAAUAAAACAUUGGGUUUACUUGCAUUUCUUUUACGAAAAUCAGUUGGAGAAAUAAAUUUUUCUGAUAUUAUGAAUGAAGUUGAAAAACGUUAUCAACAAGGACAAUCAAUCGAUUAUAUCACAUUAUUAGAUGAUAAACGUAAGAAUUUACUUGAAAUUGAAGCAUCAAUUGAAAAAUGUUUAAUGAUUAAUCGAUUAAUUUCAUAUAUACAAGAGAAUGAAUCCCAAUUUAUUUCACUUAUAUCUGAUAUUCGACAAGAUAUGAGAAUGAAAUUAAUUGAUAAUCAAAUAAAUCAAAAUAUUGAAUAUCCAAAAGAUUUUCGUCAACGAGAACAAGAUAUUCUUAAACGAAUACGUACUCAAGAAAUACGACGUCUUUUUUAUUUUCAUCCUGAAGACACAAAACAAUCUCCAAGUUUAAUUCAUUUAAUCAAUAGGCAUGUAUUAACAACGAAACAUUUAAAUUAUUUAAUUGAUGACAAGAUGAGAUAUGAACCACAGUUUGGAGACACUGGUAUAAAAGAAUUAGAAAGAAUAUUUCAAACUUCAUUUAUGAUUACUGCUCACCCACAUUCAGGUGUAAAUCCAGUACUAAUCUAUGAACGUAAAGGAUCUGGUCAAUGUACAGCUAAAGUAUCAGUUAUUAUUAUUUCAUUAUUAUAUGAUUUUAUGCAAACACAUCCAAAAUUAAUUGAACUUUAUGAUAUUGAACCAAUUUUAUGUUCAUCAUCAUCUCUUUAUAAACUUGAAUCUUCAACAAUAUCAUGGAAAACUUGUCGAUUACAAAUAAGUCCAAAUGAUAAACCUCAAUUCAUACAAUAUGCUGAAUUAUCUUUACUUAAUAUUCAAUGUUCAACUAAAACAAAUACACGUAUUCAUUUAGGUGAUGAAUUAUAUUCACUUAAAUUUCUUAUUAAAUUUCGUUUAAAUCUCAAUGAAUAUAAAUUUUCAAAAUGUUAUCAAAUUCCAUUAGAAUCAUUAACAUUUGCUAUUAGUUCUCAUAAUAGUCAUAUUCCACAUAUGUUAUCAAGAAUUAUUCUUAAUGAUAUUCGACGAUUUUCACAGCGUUCAUCAGUUGAUGUUCAACAAUUAUCAAAUUUUAUAUUACGUUAUUUUUGUCAUCGAACAGGUGUUUUACCUGAUCAAAAUCUUAAGAUUUAUCUUCAAAAAGAAUUAAACAGAGCAAAAAAUGAAAGAAAAAAUUUUCAAACAAUGGAAGAUAUUUUUAUGGAAUUUCUUGUACCAUUUGUUAAUCAAGUAGAAUUUAUAGCUAAACAUCCAAUUCUUGCUAUGUUUUAUGCUGAUGGUCUUUGUCUUGGUAUUUGUGAUAGUGAACGAGCAGCUGAAAUUAUGAGAAAAUCAACUGAUAUCAAUUCACCAAUAGUUGGUAUUCGUUUAAAUUCUAUUAAAGUUGAUUAUAAACCUAUGACAUCAACAACAUCUAUGUCAAAAGCAAUUAAAUUAGCUCCAUGUGCUGUUCGUGUUGAUAUUUAUAAUGAUCGUACAAAAAAUUUACAAUAUCGUACAUUUGAUUCUUUAAUAUUAGCUAUUGAUAUAAGAAAAUUUGUAAGUACUGCUCAUACAGAAAAUGGUUAUCAUAUACGAGUUUUAUCCAAUCUUGAUGAUUCAACAAAUGCUAAAAAUUAUAAAUCUUUUACAGAUUUUGAUAAAUAUUAUAGUGAACGAUUAAGUAAAAUUUAUCAAAUUAAUGAAGAUUAUAAACUUAUUACUGAUAUCCUUAAUAAUAUUGAAGAUGAAAAUAAUGAUUAUGAUAAUCAUCAAAUUAUUAAAAGUAGUCCAAAUCCAGAUUUAUCUGAAAUGUUUUCAGAAAAUUUACAUUCAGUCCCUCCACCAUCUGCAACAAUGUGCAAUAAUGAAUAUUGUUCUAAUGUAACUACUAUUAAUGAUGACAUAUCUAAGGUUAACAUUCAAUCGAAUAUUAAUCAAACAUCAUUACAAAAUAUUCUUUCAACAUCUUCUCAACAAUCAUUUCAACAUAUAAAUAAUCAAGAUAUGAUUGACUAUGUUCUAACUCAACCUGAAAUUAUUCAAGAACUUCUAAAUCGACUUGGUGUUCUUCAACUAUCAUCCUCUAUAAUACAACAGGGACAAGGUUAUCAAAAUCAACAUAUACAACAAAUAUUACCAACACAAUUGCAAAUGCAAUCAUCAUAUCAACAACAAAUACCACAAAUACAAUAUCAACAACAAAUAUAUAAUCAACAAUUUUUGCAACAAUCAAUAUCUAUUCCUACAAUACAUAAUCAAUUGAAUAAUGAUAAUCAAUAUCAAAAUUUUUCAAGAAAUAAUAAUCAAAUAUCAUCUCAAGAAUGUCCAAUAGAAACAAAUUAUGAAAAUCUUUUUACUGAAUCAAUUACAGAUCCUUUACAAUUUUCAACAAUAGAUCAAAAUUCAUCAAUAUCAAUCGAUGAUAAUUUUGAUAUAUUUUUCGAUGAUAUAUGUACUUCGGAUAAUAUUCAAUAA